GUUUACAGCAGACUCAGGUGGAAGCUGGUGCUUCCCGUAACGAUCGAUCGCUCAUCAGCGGUUCAAUCGAGCAUCGAUUCUACUAAUUAAAGUUCAGUUUUAAUAGUUGUGUUGGAUAUCCGAAAGAAGCAAUCAUGGUGGCUAUGACGAAGAGAGUGAAAACCUUCCAAAUUAUCUUUACGGACCCCAGCAAGACUUUUUACUGCGGCGGGGACAAGGUGUCUGGCCGGAUAGAGUUGGAGGUGAACGAGGUGACGCGUGUGUCCGCUAUGAAGGUUCUGGGUCUGGGCUGCGCCAAGGUGGAGUACGCUAAAGGCAAGCAGCGGUGCCGACAGGAGGCCGAGUACCUCAGAUACGAAGAGGUCCUGCGGCUGGACGACCAGCCCACAGACUCUGAUGGGUCAGUGGUCUUGAGGCCUGGCAACAAGUAUGAGUACUUCUUUGGAUUUGAGCUCCCUCAGCAAGGGCAGCUGGUGUCAACAUACAAGGGGAAGUUUGGCUAUGUUCAUUACUAUGUGAAGGCCCUGAUGGAGAGGCCACAUCAGCCCACCCUCGAGUGCAAGAAACCCUUUGAGGUGGAGGAGCCUUUGGAUGUCAAUACCCCAGACCUGUUGUCUCCCACAGGUGGCAUGAAGGAGAAGAAGGUCACCUGCAUGUUCAUUCCUGAUGGCCAGGUGUCCUUGAAUGUAAAAAUUGACCGCCGUGGCUUCUGUGAGGGCGAAGAUAUCUGCAUCAAUGCCAAGUUUGAGAAUACCUGCUCCCGAAUUGUGGUGCCCAAGGCUGCCAUCAUCGCCAAACACACCUACCAGGCCAACGGGCGCACCAAGGUCUUCCGCCAGAAGCUGUCCUCAGUGCGUGGAAACCACAUCAUCUCGGGCAUGUGUGAUGCCUGGCAGGGAAAGACCAUCAGGGUGCCAAAGAUUAAACCAUCUAUGCUGGGGUGCAACAUCAUCCGCGUGGAGUACGCUCUAAUGAUUUACAUCCAUAUUCCUGGUAGUGAGAAGCUGAUCCUGGAGCUGCCCCUGGUUAUUGGGACCGCUGGUCUCGGCAGCCGCAGCAACAGCGUGAGCAGCCAGGAGGGUUCGAUCAGCAACGCCUCCCAGAGCUGGGUGUCCCUUAGAAUGCCCUCCGAGCCUCCUAGCUACUGUGACAUCACCCGCGACUGCCGCCUGGACCAGCCCCUCACACCGCUCCUGGAUGACUUUGAUGGUGAUGACAGCCCUAUCUUCAUGAACGUCCCAGCUUUCCAGUUCCCAGCACCUCCGGCAUACACUGAGGCUGAAGAGGAGUACAAUGGCAAUGCUCGCAUGCUGCCAGUCUGCUGAAGUACAGCAGGGAUUCUAGAACUGUGGUCCAGCUCUCAGGGACCAUUCAUCUAAGGCACUUGAAAAGGAGCAGAAGGUCCAAACUCCAGAGGAGAUGUGUUGGAUGGAGAAGUAAUGCCAGGACUGUGGAGAUGGACAGAAAGACGCUUGCCUGUUCUGUCACUGCGUUUCAUCACCUAUGCUGAUCUUGAGUCUUCCUCCUGGUGCUCUUCAGGUCUUGGACCUGGAGGUCAUUUCUAAAUAAGCUGUCCCUUCCAGAGACUCGACUGUCAGGGUCUCACUGUCCAUUCACAGUCACUUUAUGACUUUGUUAUUGGGGCCAAGCAUUAUAUGAGUCAGGCCCAGCCUCCUGUGACACCUCUGCUUUUUUGGGGUUUGUCUUUUCCUCAUGAUGCUUUGUCAUUCCAGUUAAACCCUGUAUUUUUAAGGGAUUUCACUAGAGGAACCAUCUAUUUUGUUUAGUCCACUCAGUUUGCGUUUCCAUUUGUCAGGAAUAUUAUCUCCUUUAAGCAAUACAGCAUGUAAAACAAUCUUCCUUCGAUGCUAGUGGAACUGAUGGAGCAUCCAUAUGACAUAUGACAUCAUGUACCAGUGUUUGAAAAAAUGUGGUUUAUUCCUUUUUUGUUGCACUUUUGUUUGAUGCAUUUUGCUCUACUACUGCCUACAUGAGUUUGUUUUGUUUGAACAAUGUUUGUGAUGUGGAGAGUGACUUUUCUGUAAGUAAAACACUCAAAACUUGUUGGAACCUCACAUUUGAUUUUCCAAAUUCCACUUUAGUGAUUAGCUUGACACUUAAAGUGCCAAACUUAAUCUAUACAAUAUAUACACUCCAUUAUCAUGGAACACGCCUUAUGUGUGGAUAAUCUUUCUGUGUGAUCUGCUGUUGUCCAAGACAACAUUUCACUGUGACAUCUCCACUUUGGUGGUUUCACAAUUGCUGUUCUUUCAGGACGCAGAGAGAAUCACUGUUAAAGACUGAUCUGUGAGAAAGAGUGUUUGUAAUGCAUCCUUGAUACUUUAAGAAGUAAGAAGUAUUUUUUGUAUGAAACCCCAUGGGUUUGUUUUUUAUUAAA